AUGAAGGCACCGGUUCCAUUUUCGCCACAGAAUCUUAAAUACGUCUCGUCGCUUUAUAGACGGGCGCUUCGAACCGCUCAUGAUUGGAUUAAUAGAAACGAUUUCUAUAGAUCCAAGGCUGCCGAGAUUAAACUUCGCUUUGAGCAAAAUAAAGCCAUUUCCGAUCCAUUGGAACUUAGGGAUGUGCUACAUAAAACAGAGGAGAUGUUGGCCAAAUUCCAGCAUCCGGAUCCUAUUAUUCCACCAAAGAGACCGGGCGGAAUUAUGUAUGACAGGAAUGCUCCUCCGAGAUAUGAAAAGGGUCCCGAGAACUUCAAGAACACUGUCUGA